GGGCGUGGCUGAGGCAGAUGGGGCGGGAGCAGGCGCGGUAACGAGUCGUGGGACGCGGCGGCGAAGGCAGGAAGGGCCGGGCAGCCGGGGAAGGGCAGGGUCUGGCGGGGGGGCUUCCUGUCCCUCCAUGUGAUGGGCUUGGUCGCGGAGGAGGAGCAGCAGCAACUGGCUGCGGCGGGACCGGGGGCUCUGUCACCCCGGGGGAUGCGCACCUGAGCGGCGGCGAGUUGGCACUCGGGGCCCAGACAUGAGCGACCUGGCAGCGAAGACCCUGCACAAGUGGAACGCAAGCUUCAGGAAGGGCGCGGACUUCGACUCGUGGGGGCAACUGGUGGAGGCGAUCGAUGAGUAUCAGAUAUUAGCCAGACAGUUACAGAAAGAAGCCCAGUUGCCGGCCAACUCCUCCGACUUCACCGAAGAGCAGAAGAAAAUAAUUGGAAAAAUUGCAACAUGCCUAGAACUACGCAGCGCCGCCCUGCAGUCCACACAGUCCCAAGAAGGCUUCCAGUUGGAGGAUAUAAAGAAGCUAGAACCAAUCCUAGACAACCUACUUACAUACAACAAGGAAUUCCCCUUCGAUGUCCAGCCUGUUCCUCUAAGGAGGAUUCUAGCUCCUGGAGAAGAGGAGAGUCUAGAAAUGGAGGAGGAGGAAGAGGGAGGAGGGGCUGGCGUGUGCUCUCCAGACGCCUUCCCACCGCGUGUUCCUGGAGCCAUUCAAGGAACCCUCCUGCCCAGGUUACCCUCGGAGCCGGGGAUGACCCUACUCACCAUCACCAUUGAGAAAAUUGGUUUGAAGGAUGCCGGCCAGUGUAUAGAUCCCUACAUGACGGUCAGUGUGAAGGAUAUAAAUGGAAUAGAUCUGACACCCGUCCAGGAUACGCCCAUGGCCUCCAGGAAAGAGGACACGUACGUCCAUUUUAAUGUGGAAAUUGAAAUCCAGAAACAUGUCGAAAAACUGACAAAAGGGGCAGCUAUUUUCUUUGAGUUCAAGCACUACAAGCCGAAGAAGCGAUUUACAAGUACAAAGUGUUUCGCCUUCAUGGAGAUGGAUGAAAUAAAGUCUGGCCAGAUAGUGAUUGAGCUCUACAAGAAGCCGACAGACUUUAAAAGGAAGAAACUGCAGCUGCUAACCAAGAAGCCGCUCUAUCUCCAUUUACACCAGACGUUGCACAAAGACUGACUGCCCUGCUGACUUCCACCCAUCGGCGCAGAAACCACUUGUGGAAGUUGUCUCGCGGCAUGCUUGUGAAGUGACGAAUGAAGAAGGGUCAGGUGGCUGACGCACCGCCUGCAGCAUGGUGGUAACAUGACAGCAAUAACAGACUUACGGCAACUCCAGAUCACCUGUGGAAAUGUUGCAGAACUCUGCUGCCAUUGAAACAGUUAAAUCCGUGUAUAUUGGUGACCGGAUCACUUCUGUAUAGAGCGGACAUUUCCCAUUGAUUUGCUGGUAUGCUCCCAAAGGAGGCAUGGAUAUAUUACCCUUUAUCUCAUGAGUCCAUAAUAACGCCACGUAAAUAACUGCGUCAGCGCGGCACUUGUACGGUGCAUGAACCCUCCAGGCUUACAGUUUACAUUUUACCUGUGCUUCCCAAAUAAGCACGUUUGAGGCUCCCCCUAUUGGAGACUUACCGUUGACAUUUUAUAUAUACAUUCUAUAUUUUUUCAUCCAUUCAUCGUUUUGUCUCACUGAUCAUGUAUACGUUAUAGAAUUGUGUGAGGGAGUCUCAUUUUGUAUAUUUUAUUUGUAUGCGCGAUUCCCUUAUCGGAUAAAUGAAUUCAGUUUACUGGUAAAACUGAGGAUGUGGGAAACGAAUGAUUAUCCUUCAUGUAAUAACAUUUUAUACUGUAUACGGUUUUGUGAUACCUUAUUCGGCGAGUCUGUCUUAAGUUUGUUCUGUUGAAUGUUGUGUGCUCUGUGACCUCAUCGUCGUAAUUUAAUUACUGAGCUCUGCAAUUCAUUUCCUUUUUUUUUCUUUUUUUUUUAAUAGAACCAUAACCCAGACAGGUCUAUAUGUGAAAGGUAGCACAUCGCCUGUGUGGCGUUGAGGCAGCCGUAUUGGCUGGUUUAAUGUCCAGUCUAUCCAUUCACUAAAGACCUCAAUGAAUUGCUCAGGUGCGCUAUGAUACUUAUCGGCUUUCUAACGUAUGUGGGUGAUUGGCAUAUUACUAAAACCUGGAAACAGUCCAGCCCACGCUAGCCAUAAAAUCCCUGAGCAGCGUUUCUAAAGCGGCGGAUCACGGACAUAGACGUGGGCAUGCCAGGCUGUCAGUUCUGUGCUUUUCAGCAAUACCUGACAUCAUUGUAGGCACUAGGAGAGUCAUGAUAGUUACAUGACCGUUCCUUUCGGGCAUAUUGGCCUCAUGAUAAAUAUGCACGUUCCAUCUUCAUCCAUUCUGCGUAACCGAAAAAUAGCGGUAGCAACCUCAGAUUUACAGCAUUAAUGAUGACCCCUGCGGGCGGAAUCUUUCACGCGUAAUCAGGACCCGAUACGAGUGUCGCUGCCUAGUCGGUGUGGAUGGAGAACACGUUUGCGACAUAAAGUUUUACUUUACUAUUAACAUGUAAGGUCUUAUUAAACUUCUGUUUUUGUAGUCCCCGUUUGAGCCUCUGGUCAUAAAGCCGAUGUGACAUCACUGCGUCCUUCAUCAAUGAAUAGGCUGCGUGCAGGCGACAGAUGCACUUUAAUCAGAUCUCGUGCUUGGUGCACCAUUCUACCUCUGGCGUGUCUCUGCUAGUAGGAGAGGGUCGGCUGCGUUGUUCUUAAUACACGUGAAAAACUUUUUUGGGGGUAAUCCCUAAUUAUAAAUGACCAUAUUUUGUUUCUUAAAGGAAAAAUUUGUGUUUUAUUCCCAUAACUACAUGAAAUUCCUCCCCCGUGCGUCAUCCUUUCAUCAGAGCCAGAUACAACGAUCGCAGCCAGGGGUUUGUAAUAUUAAACAGACUUUCUUUACACAA